ACAAUAUAUGGUCCUCUGACCGUCUCUCUGGUGCCGGAGUGGCAAGGCUGAGCACAGGGCGCUCAUAUUUUGACAAAAAUAACCAUCAAUAUGACUAAUUUCGGCAAUUUGAAGAGCAGUGAUGGUGUCAAAGCCCUUAACGAUUACCUCGGGGAUAAAAGCUACAUCGAAGGUUUUUCACCGUCUCAGGCAGACGUGAGCGUUUAUGAAAGCAUUGGCAAAGCCCCUGCAGAAAAUUUUGCCCACGCUUUGCGGUGGUUUAACCACAUUGCUUCCUUUGUUGUUGAAAAGUUUAAGUUCCCUGGAGAGAAGAAAGCUCUAAGUAACGGCCCAGCUCCAGCUCCUGUCGCUGCUGCCGCUCCUGCUGCACCUCCUGCUGCUGCACCUGCUGAUGACGACGAUGAUGAUGAAGAGGUGGAUCUCUUCGGUUCAGAUGAUGAGGAAGAAGACCCAGAUGCAGCACGUGUGAGGGAGGAGCGUUUGGCAGCUUAUGCAGCGAAGAAGGCUGUUAAACCUGGCCCUAUUGCUAAAUCCCAGAUUCUCUUAGAUUGCAAACCUUGGGAUGAUGAGACUGACAUGAAGGCAAUGGAGGAAAAAGUUCGAACUGUUGCCAUGGAUGGUCUCGUCUGGGGUGCCAGCAAAUUAAACCCUCUGGCAUUUGGUAUAAUGAAACUGAGCAUCCUGUGUACAGUGGAGGACGCAAAAGUCUCUGUUGACGACCUCAUUGAGAAGAUUCAAGAAUUUGAGGAUUUCGUUCAAUCAGUAGAUGUAGCAGCCUUUAAUAAAGUUUAAGCUCUUUAUUACUAGGGGCUUCCAAUUGUUACUGUAACCACGUUAAAAAAAUUAAAAGCCGAAAAAACAUUUUUAAUAAAGUGUCCAACAUGA